AUGGUUUCCUUUUGGGUUUCAUAUGUGUCACCCUGGGGUAACGUGCUCGCGGUGACAUCGCAGCAGCUGUCGACAUCUUCCACGAGUGCUUUGACUUCCAAUCCAACCAUUUGCAGUGAAAUUGUCGAAAAUGAGAUUUCUAUAUUCGACGCGAGCCAAGCCUACAAUUGUCUGACGAGCCUUCCGUUCCGCGCAGAUAUUGCCAAUCAACUUGUUCAAUACGUCAACGACAUUAUUCAGUUCCACAGCACUCUCGCCUAUUUGGCCAAUCCACCACAGAGCUACCAGCAGCCGGCCGUAGACCUCGUGGCCGGGUUGUCUCAGCUCCAGCACGAUAUUGACAAUAAUGUCUUCCGCAAUGAAUAUGCCUUUGAGGCAGCCCUGAACCAGUUGAUCCAUGCUGCCCAUGAUGAUCAUCUUAAACUUGUCGGCGGCGCACUUUCUCGAUUUACAUAUGCAGCCCCUUACAGCAUCGUGUCUGUUUCGUUGGACGGGGUAGAGCUGCCCAAGGUCUACAUCUCAGAUGACCUAUUCGCCAACGAAACGGGCUACCUCCCUUGGCAGCCGUCGGCCAUCGCAACCAUCAAUGGUCAGGAUGUCGUUGAGUACCUGAUACAAUUUGCUGCCGUUCACUCCGCCGGAAAGCUCGAGCCUCAUGCAGAUUGGAAUAUGUUGAUGCGAAGUGCGGCAUUGGACGUCCAAGGAAAGCAAGAGGUCUUCUAUGGAGCUGCCACCUUCUACCCAGGAGAUUUCAUUACAUUUACAUUCGAAAACGGCACUGCGCUCGGUCCUCUUCCUUGGAAGGCUUCGUUCUGCUGCCAUGAUGGUAAUGGACCGCUGCAGACGGGGGACGACUUCUAUAAUUUUUUUGUUUUAGGCCGCUAUCCUGCACCAUACGACGAAAACCGGGAGGCAGACAUGACGACUAUCUUCAAUCGAGCAGCCCCGAACUUAACACUAUUUGAAAACCCAGCAUAUCCUUCAAAAGCUGAUGUCAUAGAGGAAAGCUACUCUAGAGAUGGCGGGGCACUUCUAAGAGGUUACUUCUUGAAUGAUUCCUCCUUAGCAGUCCUCAGCCUUCCACAUUUUGACAGCAAUGCGCCCCAAUCGUUCAGCAACACAGUCAAGAAAUUCCUCGCGCGCAGUACCAACGCAGGCCUUACGAAAGUAGUUAUUGAUGUACAGCAGAACACGGGUGGAAGCCCUCUGCUAGCACUUGAGGUCUUUAAGAUAUUUUUCCCUUCUAUUAAGCCGUGGGCAAGUAGUCGUCGGCGUGUUCACCCAAUGGCAAACGCCCUGGGUUCCGCCCUAACAACCUACUGGCAGAACCUCACCAUGGACCAUCCGGAGUAUUACAACUUAGUAACCAACGAGUGGGUGGUGACCGGCCGCCUGGACCAAGACACUGGAAGAAACUUCAUCUCGUGGGAUGAUUUUGUCGGGCCACAAGACCAUUAUUAUAAAGAUGGCUUUACAAAGAAGGAGCAAUACAAUCUAUCAAGCAUCUUAUUUACCAUGUCAGCAGCUGGAAUUGAAUUUGACAAGCAUGAUAACGGUCAGCCAUAUAAACCGGAGGACAUAAUUAUUCUAAGCGACGGGCUCUGCUCGUCGGCAUGUGCACUUUUCAUGGAACUUAUGCAUCACGUAGCGGGAGUGCAAACCGUUGUGAUCGGAGGCCAACCCAGCUAUGGGCCGAUGCAGGCACCGAGCGGAACCCGCGGUGCAGCCGUUUACAAGGCUGAAAAUAUGCGUCGAGACAUUGAACUGGCGAGAGACAUUGAUAAAUCCAGGCAUGUGGACUUCCCCAACCUCACGCCUGCAUUCCUCAUUACUACCGCCACAGUCAAUCUCCGAGACCAGAUCCGACACACUGACACCUCUGCCACCCCCUUGCAAUAUCUCUAUGAGGCUGCUGACUGCAGGAUAUUCCUCGUUCCUGAGACCUGGUACAAUUAUGCCAAUCUAUGGAAGUAUGCCGCAGAUGCAAUAUGGCGGAAUCCCGCACUUUGUGCCAAAGGUUCAAGGACGUAUCAGACCCAGCCGACUCAUCCUUUAGUUCCAGGCAAGCCUUACAAUGCGAACAGUGCCCUAUCCAAUCUGGCGGACUCUCAAUCAGAUGGACAUUCCUCCAGCAUAAAAGACAAAUCCAACUAUAUCCUGGACGGCGAUGGCGACAUAUUUACAAAGGAGGGAACUCUAUGCCAGACUUCCAAUGACUGUCGACCUGGAAUUGCCUCAUCAUGUCAGGACGCCACACUUUGUACCGCCAACGUGAACCCCACAAGCUUGGAACUCUAUGUAAAGCCUGAAAAGCGAAGGCAAUCAACAACAACGAAUGUGGGAAAGGGAGACUUUGCUCUUCCGAUAGAGGUCGCAGCCCUCGGGGGUCGUUAA